CCAGGAUCGCUUAUUAGUGGUGAAUCCCAGCGUCCGCUCGCCGAUAGACUUUACCGACACUCGAUAUUACUCGUCCGACUCGCAGACUCGUGCGCGCGUGAAGUGAUUUUACUCUUGUUUCAUCCCCAACUUCCUCAAAGGACUAAUCAAUGGCUAUACACUUCCAGAUCUUAGCACUUACGUGCGUCAUAGCACUAAGCACAGCUGAGCCCCCAGCCAACACAUACCUGCCCCCAGACCAGGGAUACAGCUACCCCCGGCCAGACCAAACCUUCCCUUCACCCUCGACGCCCUCAUACCGACCCCCAUCACCAUCCCCCUCGAUACCUUCCUACAGGCCGCCCUCGCCAGCACCUCCCCCGAGGCCAUCCUACGGCCCCCCACUACCCUCCCCAUCAGCUCGUCCCCCAACCCCCGUUUACACCCCGUCCCCCACGUACGGAACACCCUCCACGUUCGGAACUCCCCCACCGUACAAACCGGCCCCCAGCUACGGGCCACCCACUGGUUCCUACCCUUCACCCUCACCCUCUUACCCCUCCCCAUCGCCUUCCUACCCCUCACCGUCGCCCACUUAUGGAACACCUACCGGACCCUACAGGCCCCCAGCGCCCACUGGUCCAUCUUACGGUGGUGGCGAUUCUGGCAGUCAUGAUGAGCACGAGCACCACCAUGAGCCCGGCAUGCCAUUCGACUUCAACUACGCCGUGAAAGACGACUACUACGGCACGGACUUCGCCCACAACGCCAUCAGCGACGGCGACGUGGUCCGCGGCGAGUACCGCGUCCAGCUCCCCGACGGCCGGCUCCAGAUCGUCAAGUACACCGCCGACUGGAAGAACGGCUUCAACGCUGACGUCUCCUACCAGGGCGAGGCCUCCUACCCCGACCAGCAGCCAGGCGGCUACCCCUCCGGCGGCGCCCCCGGCGGUGGCUACCCCGCGGCCGGAGCCCCCGGCGGCUACCCCGCGGCCAAACCCGCACCUUCCUACGGACCCCCCACGAGCGGAGGAUACUAAUUGUGAUCUAGAGGCGAUGCACUCAUCCCAGUCGCGAUUCCUCCAAGUUCGCAAUUCUGUUUUUCAUCCAUUUGAACCUAUUAGAAAUAUGGAUUCCUAGUCUCACCUGCGGGAUGAUUAUUGAAAUCGGUAGACGAAGCGAUCGACAAAGUCCUUUUGGUUGAAACGGGUGGAUGUUA